GAGACGUUUUACCAUGGGUUCGCCGAGGCGCCGUCGGUCUCGUUCCCCCUCGCGGAAUCGGAGCCGAGAGCCGAAGGGUCGAUCCAAACGCAGCAUAUCCCGAACGCCUGAAAGAAGGAGAGACCGGAGUCGGUCUGCGGAGAAGAAAAGAAACACCCGGAGACGUGGACGAUCCGGUAGCGGAGACUCCGACAGCAGCGUCGGUUCUCCUUCCGCCCGACGCAGGACUCAAAACAGAGACGGGUCGAGUUCACGAAGCGAUUCGGAGAGCGAGAAGAGGCCCCGUCGUGCUAGGAGCAGAUCAACGGAUCGAUCCAGCUCCGAUUCAGAUGAUCCUAAAGUGGGAAAGAGAAGACAGACAAAGGAGAACUGGCAGGACACUCGUAGAGAGAAAAGAGGAAGAUCUCGGUCCCUGUCUGACUCACGUGGGGGAAGCAGCGACAGAGAAAGGAGAAGACGUUGGAGUCCUGACAGACGGAGCCCAAACAGAGAACGAGAUAGGAAUAGGAAGGAAAAAGAGAGAGAUAAGUGGAGAAGCCAGAGUAGAGACCAGGAUAGAAAAGGAGGCAGAAACAGAAGCCAGGAAAGAAGGCAAAGAAGUGAGGAGCAUGAACGAGGGAGGAGAGAGAAGAGCAGGGACAGGACUGAUGGAGAAAGAAGGAGGCAACUUUCGGGUUCACCAGAGUCAUCCUGUAGCUCAAGGUCAGAGGGUGAAACCCAAGCAAUGUCCCCACGUGCCAAAGGAAAAUGGCAUGAGGACAAGGAGGAGAAGAAAAAACAGAGGGAGAUGAUGAAAGCUUUGGAGACCCCAGAAGAAAAGAGAGCCAGAAGACUGGCAAAGAAAGAGGCCAAGGAGAGGAAGAAGAGGGAAAAGAUGGGCUGGAGUGAAGAAUAUAUGGGGUACACCAAUGCAGACAACCCAUUUGGUGACAACAACUUGUUAGGUACAUUCAAGUGGCAGAAGGCUUUGAUUAAGAAAGGUAUCGGCCAUCUUGGAGAGAAAGAGCUGAAAGACAGAAACAAACGUAUUCAGGAAGAGAACAGCAGAGAGCUGCAGAAGGUGAAACAGCUGCGUCUUGAGAGGGAGAGAGAGAAGGCCAUGAGAGAGUCAGAGCUUGAGAUGCUGCAGAGAGAGAAGGAAGCCGAACACUUCAAGACGUGGGCUGAACAAGAAGACAACUUCCAUCUACAUCAAGCCAAGCUACGUUCUAAGAUUCGUAUCCGUGAUGGCCGUGCGAAGCCCAUAGACCUCUUGGCUAAGUACAUCAGUGCAGAGGAUGAUGAUCUCGCUGUGGAGAUGCAUGAACCGUACACGUUUCUCAAUGGACUCACUGUGACUGACAUGGACGACUUGCUGGAGGAUAUUAAGGUGUAUAUGGAAUUAGAGCAAGGGAAGAAUGUCGACUUCUGGAGAGACAUGACCACCAUCACUGAAGAUGAAAUUAGUAAGCUCAGAAAACUGGAGGCCUCAGGGAAAGGACCAGGUGAUCGUCGCGACGGCAUAAACACGUCAGUAAGCACUGAUGUCCAGCUGGUGUUUAAGGGAAAGACAUACAGCCAGCUGCAGGCCAUGCACUCGAGCAUUGAGAUGAAGAUACGAGCCGGAGGAUCCAACCUUGAUAUCGGCUACUGGGAAAGCCUGUUGCAGCAAGUCAGGGUUUACAUGGCUAGAGCCAGGUUGAGGGAAAGACACCAGGAGGUGCUGCGACAGAAGCUCUUCAAGCUGAAACAGGAACAAGGAGUGGAGAGUGCACCUCUGUUCCCAAUUGUCAAAGAGGAGCCAGCAGAGGAGGAAGCUGUGACACCGAGAGGAAUGGAGCAAGAGGGGGAAAACACAGAAGAACACAGCCCAUCCUCUUCCGCCCCCACAACAAGUCAGAACAAGGAAACAGAGAGGGGACAGGAUGAGGAGGCAGGCCCGUCCACAGAGGGAGGAGAUACGAAGAAAGCUGAAGACGUCGGAGAAAACACCGAUGAGAAAGAGGAUGAGAAGGAUGAGGUGGUAGAGGCUGUAUUGACGGAGGAGGACCUGAUACAGCAGAGCCAGGCCGAGUACGACUCUGGUCGCUACAGCCCCACAUUGCUCACGCAGUCUGAGCUGCCGCUCGACACUCACACCAUUACUGCUGAAGAGGAUGCACACAAACUGCACCUGGCACGCAGACAGUUGCAGGUCACCGGUGAUGCAAAUGAAACCUCAGAGGACGCUUUUGUGCGUCGUGCCAAAGAGGGCAUGGGCAAUGAUGAGGCCCAGUUCAGUGUGGAGCUCCCCAUCACGGGAAAGAUGUACCUGUGGGCCGACAAAUACCGCCCCCGAAAACCCCGCUUCUUCAACAGGGUCCACACCGGCUUUGAGUGGAACAAAUACAACCAGACGCAUUAUGACUUCGACAACCCUCCGCCCAAGAUUGUCCAGGGCUACAAGUUCAACAUCUUCUACCCGGACCUGAUCAACAAGCGCUCCACCCCACAGUACUUCCUGGAGCCCAGUCCCGACAACAAGGACUUUGGGAUUCUGAGGUUCCACGCGGGUCCUCCCUACGAGGACAUAGCCUUUAAGAUUGUCAAUCGCGAGUGGGAGUACUCCCACCGACAUGGCUUCCGCUGUCAGUUUGCUAACGGCAUCUUCCAGCUGUGGUUCCACUUUAAGAGGUACCGCUACAGGAGAUAGGUGUCGAUUUUAAUGGACCAACUGUCUAGUUACUGGGUUGAAAGACAUCCAAGAUGUUUUCUAUGUAGCGCUACAACCUGGUCUAAUAGUCUUUUGACAUAGUAACUUGUAAUUGUCUGAUCAUUGCACAUUAAAGAUGUUUCUCUUUUGUCCCCCGCA